AUGAGCAGUUUCGGGGAUCCCCAUGGGGGAGAUUUCCCCAACUCGGGGACGGGUAUGAGGGGACAGGACCCGAUGGGGAAUUCCCCAUUGACAUCCCUAGUUGGCAGCAAGCUUCUGUUGCCGCCCUGCCUCCGUCUCUGUUCCGUCCCUAUCUCUCGCCUCCGUCCAUCGCCGGCCCGCCUCCAUCGCAACUUUCAAAUCCUAAACCCUAGGAAGCGCAACAAAAGAAAAAUGAGUUUAUGGAAUUAUGUGGCCACGGCUCAUAAGCCGACGAGAGUUACUCAUACGUGCGUCGGGAAUUUCACUGCUCCGGACGAGCUUAAUCUCAUCGUCGUGAAAUGCACCAGAGUAGAGAUUAAUUCGCUCAUGCCGUCUCACCGUUUACAUCCCAUUUUGGAUGUGCCAAUAUAUGGUAGAAUUGCUGCACUUCAGUUUUUCCGCCCACAUGGGGAAACUCGAGAUCUCCUUUUCAUGGCUACAGAAAAAUAUGAAUUCUGUGUCUUGCAAUGGGAUGCCGAGAAAGCUGAGUUUAUUACAAGGGCUAGGGGGAAUGUUUCAAAUGCUAUUGGUCGCCCCACAGACAAUGGACAGAUUGGCAUAGUCGACCCAGAUUGCAGAUUGAUUGGACUUCAUCUGUAUGAUGGAUUAUUCACGGUCAUUCCAUUUCAUAACCAAGGCCAGCUCAUGCAAGCAUUUGAUAUUAGGCUUGAGGAGCUUCAAGUUUUGGAUAUAAAAUUUUUGUAUGGUUGCCCCAAGCCAACCAUUGCUGUACUUUACCAGGAUAACAAAGGGGCUCGUCGUAUGAAGACAUAUGAGGUUGAUUUGGAAAAUAAAGUUCUUGUUCAGGGACGCUGGUCUCAUAAAUAUCAUGUCAAUGGGGCAGAAUUGUUAAUCCCAGUUCCGCUGCCUCUUUGCGGCGUCUUAAUUGUCAGCUGUGAAACUAUCCUUUAUUGCAGUGCCUCUGCGCUCAAAGAAAUCUCAUUCGGACCUUCAAUUACAAGAGCUUAUGGAAGAGUUGAUGCUGAUGGUUCACGCUACUUGCUAGGGGAUUGUAAUGGGCUCUUGCAUCUACUUGUUAUAACUCAUGAAAUGGAAAUAGUAACUGGACUCCAGAUUAAACUCUUGGGGGAAACGUCCAUUGCAUCGUCAAUAUCGUAUCUUAAAGAUGAUGUUAUCUUUGUAGGCUCAAGUUAUGGAGACUCACAGCUGUUAAAGCUGAAUCUUCAACCGGAAGCAGAAGGUUAUUGUGUGGAAGUUCUUGAAAUUUAUGUCAAUUUGGGGCCCAUUGUUGACUUCUGUGUGGUUAACUUGGAGAAGCAAGGCCAAUGUCAGGUUGUGACAUGCUCAGGAGCCUAUAAACAUGGUUCUGUACGCAUUGUGUGCAAUGGAAUUGGAAUAAAUGAGCAGGCAUCUGUAAAGCUUGAAGGAAUCAAGGGGAUGUGGUCAUUAGGAUCAGCUACUCAUGAUCCAUAUGAUACUUUCUUGGUUAUUAGCUUUGUUGGAGAGACACGCAUUUUGGCGUUGAACAUGGUUGAUGAAUUGGAGGAAACUGAAAUAGAAGGCUUUCGCACAGAUGUUCAGACAUUAUUUAGUCAUGAUUCUGUGUAUGAUCAGCUUGUGCAGGUUUUACUGAGUACUGGUGGUGGCCAUUUGGUCUAUCUAGAGAUUGGUGAUGGUGUGUUAACCGAAUGUAGUCGCAUCCAGUUGGAGAAUGAUAUCUCAUGCCUGGACAUUAAUCCAAUUGGUGAUGAUCCGAAUCGCAGUCAGCUUGCAGUAGUGGGAAUUUGGGGAGAUAUUAGUGUCAUGAUAUAUUCACUUCCAGAGUUAAAACUUAUGUUGAGAGAGCAUUUGGAAGGAGGGAUUGUACCUCGUUCUGUCCUUCUGUGUUCUUUUGAAGGGACAUCUUACCUUCUAUGUGCUCUUGGGGAUGGACAUCUUUUAAGUUUUGUCUUGAAUACAAGAAAUGGCCAGCUGGAAGAGUUGAAAAAAGUGCCUCUUGGGAUGCAACUGUGUACACUUGGUACUUUCUCAUCAAAGAAUGCCAAGUACGUUUUUGUUGCCUCCGAUAUACCUACUGCAAUUGUCGGCAUCGACAAGAAAUUGCAGUACAGAAAUAUAAACUUAACAGGCGUCAGUUAUAUGUGCUCUUUCCAUUCGCGCACUUUUCCCUUCUGCCUUGCAAUCGCAAAACAAGACAAUCUAGUAAUCGGCACCAUUGAUGAUGUUGAGAAGCUGCACUCACAUUCUAUUCCACUUGGGGAGCAUGCAAGGCGCAUAUGUCACCAGGAAACGACUAAGACAUUUGCCAUAUGUAGUGUAAAGUACAUGCAAUAUAGUGUGGAAGAUGCUGAAAUGCACUUCGUUCGCCUGCUGGACGACCGAACUUUUGAUUUCAUUUCGAUUUAUGGACUGGAUCAGUUUGAGAAAUGUUGUUCCAUCCUUAGCUGCUCGUUCUCAAACGACAACAAUGCGUACUACUGCAUUGGAACUGCUUAUGUAUUGCCCGAAGAGAAUGAACCUACUAAGGGUCGAAUACUAGUUUUUGUGGUGGUAGAUCGAAAACUCCAGCGGAUUGCUGAGAAGGAAACUGGAGGAGCUGUUCACUCUCUUAAUGCCUUCAAUGGAAAAUUGCUUGCCACGAUUAACCAAAAGAUUCAGUUGUAUAAGUGGAUGCUGUGUGACGAUGGAUCUGGUGAUUUGCAAUAUGAAUGUGGUCAUCAUGGGCACGUACUUUCCCUUUUUGUACAAACUAUGGGAGAUUUCAUUGUUGUUGGUGAUCUGAUGAGGUCGAUAUCCCUGCUGACUUACAAGGAGGGUGCAACCGAGGAGCUGGCCCGUGACUAUGCAAACAACUGGAUGUCGGCUGUGGAGAUUUUGGACAAUGACACCUACCUCGGGGCCGAGAACAACUAUAACCUCUGCACUGCCCGCAUGAACAGCGCCGUUGAGGAGCAGGGCCAGCUCGAGAUCGUCGGCAAAUACCACCUGGGUGAUUGUAUCAACCGCUUCCACCACGGUUCCCUUAUUAUGCGCCUUCCCGACUCUGAUGUGCCCCAAAUCCCCACUAUUAUAUUCGGAACCAUCAGCGGGGCAAUUGGGGUCGUUGCCUCCCUUCCCCACGAGCACUACAUAUUUUUGCAGCAUCUACAGCAGAAUUUGAGGAGGGUGGUCAAGGGCGUGGGUGGUCUGGACCACGAGAAGUGGAGAUCACAGGCAGGCACGCAUGGUUUUCUGGAUGGGGAUUUCAUUGAGUUGUUUCUUAAAUUGAAUAGGAAUGAGAUGGAGGAGGUUUCAGGUUUUAUGGGAGUGGCUGUGGAGGAGUUGGUGAAGCGGGUGCAACAGCUGACUAGGUUGCAUUGA